GUGGGGGGAGUCGGAGGGCAAAUGGAAAGUCUGACUCUGACCCGCUGGCAGUCUCGUUGAUCCAGCCACGGGUAGUAUGCGCCGGUGACGUGACAAUGGCGGUACUUGUAAUUGCGGUACGGUGCGUUAUUGUGAUCAGCUGAUCAACCGAGCUUGUCAGUGGUGCCGGAAGUGUCCGAUUCUAAGGACACGCGAAUCGAAUAAAUAAUUCGAAGAGCAGAGGCUCCGAAUCGACGUUUCGUCUCGCAUCGUCGUUCGCGAAAGAGAAAUUCGUGAAAAGAAAAGAAAAUUCCAUUUCGGGAGAUAUGUCGUGGUCGCGCUCGUGAUCCUCUUUCGUUCGUCAGGCGUCGGUGUUAUCCUUCGCUUUUUUUCUGUGAAUAUUGUGUUUUGCCAUUUUCGCGGCUGUGUUGUGUGCACGUAUGCGUGAGAUUCGCACGAGAGAUAGAUAAAUGUGUGUUAGCCAUGCCUGCCGUGCGGAAAUACAGAAGGGAUACCAGUGAAGUGAGCUGCUGUCUCAAGUAUGUGAUCUUUGGAUUUAAUGUCAUGUUUUGGUGGCUGGGUUUGGGCAUUAUGGCUGUGGGUGUCUGGGCAUGGACCGAAAAGGACACAUUUAAUAAUUUAUCCCGCCUCACAAACGUCGCCCUCGACCCAGCAUUUAUUCUCAUUCUAGUCGGUACAGUGACAUUUAUCAUCGGAUUUACCGGGUGUGUAGGUGCACUCAGGGAAAAUACGUGCCUCCUAGCUGCGUAUGCGAUAUUCCUGGCCCUACUGCUACUAAUGGAGAUAGCGGUCGGUGUGUUAGGCUUCGUCUUUAAAGACUGGAUAAAGUCACAAGCUACUGGUGGCUUCCAAGCAUUUAUCAUUCACUACAGGGAAGACCCUGAUCAACAGAAUCUUAUUGAUUGGAUUCAAGAAGAUUGGUUGCAGUGCUGUGGCAUCGAGGGCCCCAAAGACUGGGAUCGCAAUAAUUAUUUCAAUUGUUCGUCGAGCGAUAUUGGCUCGAGGGAAGCGUGCGGCGUGCCUUUUAGCUGUUGUAAACGAAAGCCAAAUGAAAUUAUUAAGAACAAACAGUGUGGUUACGAUGUUAGGAAGCCUAGCUACACAGGAGAGAGGAGUAUAUACGAGAGAGGUUGUCUAAGGGCGGGCGAAGAGUGGCUAGAAUUGAAUCUCGUACCUGUCGCUGGUACCGUUGUCAGCACUAUGGUUCUACAGAACUUUGAGGUUGCCAAAGUGAUUUAUGAGAAAGGUUGUAUUCAAGCUGGGGAGGAAUGGGUUCAACGAAAUCUUCUUUCAAUUGCCACUGGCGCAGUUGGUACGGCAUUUGCACAGAUUCUGGGAAUCUGCUUCGCGCAAAAUCUGCGAGCCGACAUAUUCGCACAAAAGGCGAAGUGGCAUUGACAAUUCAGGGCCCCCACGGCGGUCUAGCAUCUAAUCAUCAUAGAUGCUAAUCGUUCACGUUGAUCGAUCUAAAAAGUUCGUCGAUCUCGAGGAAGAGCCAGAGUUUCGACUAAAGCAUCGACACCAUUCCGAGUAGCAGUAUUCAAGAUGGAAGAACGAAGACAAGGCAGAAUUAAUUUGCAAGAUGGCGCGCUUUCACCAACUUCGUGAAACUGUACGAACGUUUCCAAGGAACUUUGAACCUUUGACUAAGAUCUCGUGAUUUUACCCUUUUAUCAACUGCCAUAACUUUAUGAAAAUCCAUAAUGGUUUCCAUGACUCAUGAAAUUGAUAGAUUUUAUGAAAAAUCGAAACUUUUUAAUAACCACUCUCAACAGACAUAUCAUAUGGAAACAACUACUGACGUUUUUAUUCCUCUGGUUUAUAACUUGAGAUGAAUUUUAAUACGAAAAAUUUUAUAUCCCAUUGAAAAUGUGUAUUUUCGAACGAAAUUACAAUUUAUUUUGAAACCGUGAGCUGCAGAGAAGGAAAAGAUUUAUUUCUAAAAAUAAGAAACAUAAUUGGACUGCAAAGUUUAAAAUAAGAAAAAUUUAUUAAUCUUCAGAUGGCGGACCAUGGAGAGAGCUCCAAUUUAAAAAAAAUGUACACUGUUCUUUUAUUAGAUCAAUUCUAAAUUUUUGAAAAUCAUUUCAUUAUGUAUCUUUCUACCACCAUACUAGGAGACAUUAAUGCUCAGCACUGUACAGUCACGUGCAACUUAGGCUUCCCCCGCUUGGGUACAUCUACUCAAGGAAAGCCUACAUUGCACCCAGGUGUACAUAAUAUUAGUAAUGAACCAAAAAUUGUAUUUCUAUAAAUCCUUCAAGCUGCAGCUCACAAUAUCCUUCAGAAUCACUCAGAGUCCAAAGAAGAUUACACCCAAAGUCAAGUUUGACAUUAUUCUCCACAAGACUAAAUUUACAUUGAACCUUACUAGAACUAAGGUUCGUAUAAUGCGCGCGAUAGAGGAAGAAAACAAUAAUGCCUACUCGGUUUAUGAGGAACAGUGUGUCGAUGCAUUAAAAUCGAUCGACAUGAUGUGUCGUGGGGGCGCGGUGAACAUGGCCAACUUCACCGCACACUAAAGCUCCUCUAGGUGCCUUCACCAGAGGAGAGCAAAGCCAUAUAACACGCAAGUACACAAUAACUUUCCGUUGCUCUAAUUGAUCGUUAAAACGGUUGCGAGAACCACUUCGAGUAUAUUGAUCCUCAGUUACACGCCGGCACGUUCCCCCUCACUUUGUAGCGACGGGCCAGGUGUCUGUCGCUGUAAUCUAACAGCUGGCUCAUUUCGGUAGGGAAAUUCGAUAGUGUUUCCAAGCACAAAACCACAAGUCUGCCUACUCGAUGAUGCUUUUAAUUUCAUCAGGACUCUGGCAAGCAAAUUACGAUAUACUAAAAUUUUCUAAAAGGAUUUUGAUCUAUUUUUUGUCAAAUUCAAGGAAUUGAUAUAAAUAUGUAUUUGGAGGUGUUAAAUUAUAAGGCUGACAAACGCUAUAUCAGUAUGGCUAACAAUUUUUUAGGUUAUGCACCUUUAAAUGCGCCCUCUACACUAAAUGUACAGUACCGAGCAUAGUAGGCUUUUUAGGAAAAGUGGCGAUGCCUCCCUUUUCAUAGGCCUCCCAGCUUCUGGGGUUCCUGGCAUUCCCAUAGGCCUCCCCACUCCGGAGGUUUCCCCUUCCUGGGCUCCCUGGGGGCGGUCCCAAGGAAAGUGACGAUGCAUGGAAGGAGGACCCUCAUAUACAGCCUACUUUGCUCGAUGCUGUACCGAUGUCGAGUAGCAUGAUUCGUGUGUUUGUGGUUGGAAACACUAUCUGAAUUAUUUUAGGUAAGAAAGUUCCUUACUGAAAUGAAAUUGAAAUUUGUCAGCACUCCAUUUAUAGCCCGGGUCCACUUCUGUCGCGCAGCGGGUCACAGUGUAGAGAAGUGGACACGGUGUUAUUUGAACACUGUAAAUUCAGGAUAGACUUCUUGGAGUGUCCUAUUCUAUUCUCUUUCUGAGAGACUCGUUAAUGAUCCGACUUUGAGUUGUAUGCUUGCUAUUGUUCGCCCUCUUUGAUGGAUGCUGUUGCACGUGGUGAGUUGGGUACACAUUGUUUUUGAAUUCUUGAUGAUUUGAGUCUGGGUGGUGAUAUCUCAGGUUUUAACCCUGAAUAUCCGAGAUGUUUGAUUUGCAUUCAAAUUAGCUUACAAGUAUCGAGUCCAAACUAUAAUAAUGAUAAGAGUGUAAAGAUAGCAGAAAAGCGGCUGGACCGCGGAAUGCUUUCAGUUUCAGCAAACACGUUCUUUUGUAAAGAAAAAGAACAUCAACGGAUACGUUCCAUCCUAAUUUUCUCAAUGUUUCCUAAAGUAAUUUUUAUACGAACGUGUAUAUAUCGUUAACACAGAAUCAUGGUGAAAAAUAAAAAAAUAUUAAAAAUACAAAUAUGAAUGCUAAUGUCCAUGAGUUUAAUUACAAAAA